UUUUGGGGAUUCUGGAUUUCGCUUUCCGCCUGCUGCUUAUCGGAGUUGUUUGAUUUAAUUUCUUGGUUUUGGUCGAGGAUUCGUUGUAUUUGUGCUCGAGAUAGAUCUUUGUGAUAUUGAUUUCCCUAGGGUUUGAUUGAUGAACUUAAUUUUGUUCAUCCUCAAAGCUCAUCUCGCUUGCUUGUUUUCAAACAAUUCCUGUCGUAUGCUUCUCUGACUUUUCCUAGUUCUAGACAUGGAUUCCAGAAUGUUGAUUCCUUGAGUGAUUUGCAUAUUUCACAAUGUUUGGUUGUAUCAUGAAGUGAUCUCAUGGUGAAUUUCCCCAAUUUGAUGAACUCUAGACACUUAUCGGAUGAUUUCUGGCUUUAAAUAUUUCGAUCCUUUGUAUCGUCUUCCUUAGCUCUCCUGAUCAAAUUGGUUACAGGCAAAAAGUGUUGUAUCUCCUAUCUUCCUGGAAUCAUCAUCCAUCCAUAGCAAUCAAACCAUAAAUUCACUGCUAAACCACAGAGUUAUGACCUGUAUGUCUUUCUUAUGCGGAGGAAGAUCAAAGCCUGCAAAGAGACGAUCCGAAUUCGGAGACGAGCUCUCUGGAGUCGAUAAUGUGAAUCUUUAUACAUACAAGGAACUGAAAAUAGCUACCGAUGAUUUUAGCCCAGGAAAUAAAGUCGGGGAAGGAGGCUUUGGUUCCGUCUACAAGGGAAAACUUAAAAGCGGGGAGAUGGUAGCGAUCAAGGUUCUGUCCCCCGAGUCGAGACAGGGGCUACGAGAGUUCUUGACAGAGCUUCAAGUAAUUUCAGACAUCGAACACGAGAAUUUAGUGAAGCUCUACGGCUGUUGCGUGGAAGAAAACCAACGGAUUCUUGUCUACAAGUAUUUAGAGAACAACAGCCUAGCACAAACACUCCUCGGUUCGGGGCGCAGCAACAUCUACUUCGACUGGCGAACGCGGGCUAAAAUAUGCAUCGGAGUGGCGAGAGGGCUCGCCUAUCUUCACGAAGAAGUGCGACCGUACAUCGUCCACCGCGACAUCAAAGCAAGCAACAUUCUUCUUGACCGCCAUUUGUCCCCGAAAAUUUCAGACUUCGGCCUCGCCAAGCUUAUCCCUCCGAACAUGACUCAUGUCAGCACACGCGUUGCCGGAACCAUAGGUUAUUUGGCACCGGAAUAUGCGGUGAGGGGCCAGCUGACACGGCGGGCAGACGUCUACAGUUUCGGCGUACUUCUCAUCGAGAUAGUCACCGGUAGAUGCAACAACAACUCCCGAUUGCCAAUCGACGAACAGUACCUUCUUGAAAGGACGUGGCAUAUGUACGAGAGGAACGAGCUGGUGGUGCUCGUCGACGAAUCGUUGAACGGAGACUUCGACGCCGAACAGGCUUGCAAGUUCUUGAAGAUCGGUCUGCUCUGCACCCAAGACGCCCCCAAGCUUCGACCGUCGAUGUCGAUGGUUGUUCGAAUGCUCCGAGGCGAGAAAAUUGUCGAUGAAGAUGCGAUAACGAAGCCGGGAUUGAUAUCGGACUUCAUGGAGCUCAAGAUCAGGAGCAGCAACGCCAAGGCGAAGCUACCGGAAGUGAAUUACAACUCGUCCGGAUCGGAUAAUUUGGACAAUACGGUGUCGACGGCGACGACACUCCCGUCUUCUCAGGCGACUAUGACGUUCACCGCCGUGUAUGAUCGGAGCUCGUGAAGGAGGAAGUGAAUUCCAUGUAAGAAGAAAGGUUUUUUUUUUUUUGGUGGGUUUGUUUAGUGUAAUAAUACUCUCUCAAAUUGCUUGGUUUUGGCCGUUACACAAAUUAAAUUCGAUUGACAUGUUGUAAAUUUUAUUUUUCUUUGCUUUGAUAGCUAUAGAAAAAUAUUAUGUUCAUGUAAUUAUUAAAUUAAAAUUACACUUAGUCAGCGUGUGUUUGUUUGGAGGAUUCUCCAAUAUUUUUAUUAUUCUAUCAAUUUUUAUGAAA